AUGCGAGCAUCCUGGUGGAUCGGGAUCUGGGCGACAUUCCUCCCCACGGCCGUCCUAUCGAUAGACACAGCACCCUUUAUUUCGCCCGAAGACGUCGAGACCAGCAAGCGAGCCUACGAGAUCCUCCAGAUCCUAAAGCGCAACGAUAACUGUCCUAGCGGAUACAAUGCCUGCACGAACGAAGGCAACUCCAACGCCUGCUGCAAAGAGGGAACAACUUGCACCAAAGACUCCGCAGACAACAUCGCUUGCUGCCCGACCGGUGCAAGCUGCACAGGCAGUCUGACUGCCACUGCGACCGCGACUGGCACCACAGAAACCGGGAGCAGCUUUGUAUUCCCUCAAGGAGCGACCGCGACAACUACGGAGUCCGGCUCGGAGACCACAUCUACAGUCUCAGGCGCAUAUCCGUUCGUCUACGUGCCGACUAGCUUCGCGAACGCGCAGACGUGCUCUUCUUACUACUCGCAGUGUCAGUCGGAGUAUACGGGCUGCACGCAGGCUCUCAUGGGCCGCUACGGAGUGACGGUGGGUGGAUCCGGUGGGGGUGUGACGGUGGAGGCGGUCACCGCAACGUCGCAGGCCACGUCUAUCUGCUCAAGUUUGAGCGCUAAGGCUUGCCAUGGAUUGAGUCUUGGUUAUUGCGCUUCGGUGGAGACAGCCACAGCGACGGAUGCCAGUGGGAACGGGGCUUUGCCGGGCCGGACCUCCAGUCUUAAUGAUUUGGCAUUAGGGUUAGUUGUUGGGGUUGCGGGCAUGUUCGUUUGA